AUGGGUGAUGUUGAGAAGGGCAAGAAAAUUUUUGUUCAGAAGUGUGCCCCCAGUGCCAUACUGUGGAAGGGAGGCAAGCACAAGACUGGGCCAAACCUCCAUGGUUUAUUUGGGCGAAAGAUUGGUCAGCCCCCUGGAUUUUCUUACACGGGUGCCAACAAGAACAAAGGCAUCACCUGGGGAAAGGAGACCCUGAUGGAGUAUUUGGAGAAUCCCAAGAAGUACAUCCCUGGAACAAAAAUGAUCUUUGCUGGCAUUAAGAAGACAGGGGAAAGAGCAGACUUAAUAGCUUAUCUCAAAAAAAAAGCUACUAAGGAGUAA